CUCAAUCCGGCCUUAUGACCGCCUGAUGAUCUUCUCGCACGACGGAGGGCUAGCAGCGCCCGUAUUUCUGAGAUUACGUCGCCGCAUUCGAGUCCCACUGGCAGUGGGCGGGCUGGGACUGGCACAAUGACAGCCAGGGCAACAGACACACACACAGGCCAUACAAUCGAACGGCGGCGAGAGCGGAAGGGCCCGAGUCCGUGCGGCCUUCGUGCGGAGUGUUCCAGAAAAUUGGAUUAUCUGCGUUUUGCUGCUACCCUCAGAUCGCAAAUCGGGCCUUCUCCCCGAUAGCCUGAUCCGCUACAACAAUCAUCUCGUGCGCACGACCACCGCGCUGCUUCCUCCCAUGAACGCAUCCCUCCGUUUUUAAAAGGAUGGACCAUACUUCGGGGGGGCUUCCCAUCGAAAGCCUCUCCCAAACCUUCAGCGUCAUGGCCGAUAGUCUCCCGUACCCGUCCCCAAGUCAGUAUAUACCCCCUUCAUACUUUACGCAGCCGCACGGUCCCGGACAUAUGCAUGUGGUGGCUCCGCCCACAAGACAAGAUACCACGACACAGAGGAAACGUCCAAAGUAUACGCGCAGCAAGACCGGGUGCCUGACGUGUCGAGCGAAGAAGAUCAAGUGCGACGAGUCGAAGCCUAACUGCCUGCGCUGCACUCAUGGACAACGCGAAUGUACGUGGCCCGAGGGUGUGCCAGCACGCAAGAAGCCCGCACCAAAACGCGAGCCCGCUAUGGACACUGGCCUUGAAACGCGACCGUCGACGGCUGGUUCGUCGGGGGUUUCCGAGUCGUCAACACCUUCCACUCGCGGCGUCACUCCGCCGCUCAAACGAGAGCCCGCCGAUGUCGGAUUGCCCGCUCUUGUUUCACGUCGACACAGUGAUCCCUCCAUCCAGUUGCCGACAAUGAACGACAUGACCGCUAUGAGACGCCAGAGUGUGGCCGUACCCUCUGGAUCAACGCACCUAUACCCAGUAAAUGCUAGCCCGCAUACCCAGCUCUUGCCUGCAAUCCCGGAAGUCUCGACGUCGUACUCUGCCUCGCAAUACCACCACAACUAUACUAGUAAUUCACAGCAAUACGCACACCCCUCGGCAUCUCUCGUCCUCCCUCGUCUAGGCUCUCAUCACAGCCACAUGCAUUCCAUGCGCUCCGUCGCUCCGUCGCAGAACCCGGCUCAUCACUGGUCACCCCCUCUACUGACUGAGCCGGAUCCUCUCGGGCCCUACUUCACUUCACCCCAGGAGAGAAACUUGAUCCAUCAUUAUCUGCAGAACGCGAUGAGCUUCAUAAUGGCCGUCCCGUCGAUUAAGAACCCCGUCGCCAAGGCGAAUCUGGACCUCAUCCUGGGCCGCACCCGUGGAGUUGACCUUGCCGUUGAAGCGUUGCGUAUGGCGCUGUUGGGUACGGCCGCUGUGCAUCAAUCCUUCCUCUGUUCACGAGGCCUCGCCCACGGUGGAGCUGACGAAGCGAUGCAACUCGCCCUCACGUACCGCGCCAAGUCUAACCAACUGCUCUCCCUCGCAUGCCGUUCGGCGGAGAGUGCAACGGACGACGCAGCCUUGGGGGCAGCUGCUGCGAUUUGUCUAGUAGACAUCUUCUCGAGCGGGCGUGAUUGGUCGGAACCGCUCGACAAAGCGAAGAAGCUCGUCCACUCAAGAGGCGGUCCAGCUGUUCUAUUGGCGAGAAGUUCUCACGCACCGUUGUCGAGGCUGCUCCUAGAGAUCGUAGCACUGUACGAGCUAUUCGGUUGUCUAGUGAAGGCGGAAGUGCCGACCCUUUUGGCACCAAGCGUAAACAAUUGGUGGCUGGAACAAACGAGCUCCGCGGACACUCAAUCACACGUGGAAGAAGGCUUCGGUAUGUCUCGGGAGUUCGUCCCCGAGCUGGCUCGCGUCGUCGCCUUUGUUGCCCGUGCCCUCAACCCGCGCUCACCCGGGGAGGAAGCCCAAGCGGGCUCCCCUCCGGCUACUGACGUUGCUACUGAGGCUCGCGCCCUAUAUCGGUCAAUUGGUGACUGGAGCUCUUCACGGGGUGUCGCACCGGCGAGAGUCGGCGCAGGGGACCGCAUUUACCAGAACGCCGCUCAGAUCGUUCUCCUGCGCGAAAUUCUGCACGUGCCGCCAGAAGACGAAGUCGUGCAACAGCACGCAGAUAUCAUACUGUCCCUGUGUCUGAGCUGUGGGCAGAGCAACAUGAGCGUCGACCUCAACUGGCCUGUCAUCAUUGCAGGUUCGCAGAUGUAUGGCUCUGACCGAACGCGUGUAUUGGCCGUCUUCGAAUCUUUCAGGAAGCAAUGUUGUUAUGAGAUAGAGACAGCGGAGUACAUCGUAUUGCAGGUCUGGAAACGACUUGAUGACAAGCAGCCUCGAGCGGACUGGAGAAGCGUGAUGGAAGACAACGACCUGAAGCACCUCAUCCUCUAGAAGAAUCUCGUUGUGACCGUUAUUGAUUUGCUGUCGUGUUCAUCGCUGUCAUGUAUCGUACUAUAUCAUCUAUACUAUGUCAAGUUCUGAUCACCGUGCACAGCUGGAAAACUUCAGGACCCCCUUCACAGUAG